UGUUUGUCAAAGGCUCGGAGGAGCGGCGGCGGCCGAGGAGACGGAGGCCGAUCCGGCUCGUUGCUGGAGGGGGACGGGGCCGAAGCGGCCCGGGCGGGACGGUCGGCGCGCGGGCCGGGGACGGGCGGGGGGUGAGGCCCGCCCACGCUGAGGGAGAAGCGCCCGGCCGGGCUCGGCCUAAAUGGGGGAAGCCGCGCCCUGAGGCCCAGCCCAGGGCGGGCCCUCCCCCUCUCCUGCCCCUGCCCCCUCCCCCGCCCCUGCCCCGCCCCGCGUCGGCCACCCCAGCGUCCGGCUCGGCCGGGGGCCGGGGGCGAGGCGCGCCCCGCUCCCGCCGGGAAGAUGCACCGCUCCCUCCCCAUAGCCCGCCAGCACCUGGGGGUGGCCCUGGCCGGCGCCAGCGUGGUGGUCAAGGCCCUGUGUUCGGCCGUGGUGCUGCUCUACCUGCUCUCCUUCGCCGUGGACACGGCCCCGGGCCUGGCCGUCACUCCCGGCUACCUCUUCCCGCCCAACUUCUGGAUCUGGACCCUCGCUACCCACGGACUGGUGGAGCGGCACGUCUGGGACGUGGGUGUCAGCCUGGCCACGGUGAUAGUCGCCGGGCGGCUCCUGGAGCCCCUCUGGGGAGCGCUGGAGUUACUCGUCUUCUUCGUAGUAGUGAAUGUGUCGGUGGGGUGCCUGGGGGCCCUCGCCUACCUCCUCACCUACAUGGCGUCCUUCGAUCUGGCCUACCUGUUCACCGUGCGGAUCUCCGGCGUGCUGGGCUUCCUGGGUGGCGUCCUCGUGGCCCUCAAGCAGACCAUGGGGGACAGCAUCGUCCUGAAGGUGCCGCAGGUUCGGAUGAAGGUGGUCCCGAUGCUGCUGCUCCUGUCCCUCGUGCUCCUGCGGUUGACCACCCUGGUGCGGAGCAGCGCGUUGGCCUCUUACGGCUUCGGGGUCCUCUCUAGCUGGAUCUAUCUCCGCUUUUACCAGCGCCACAGCCGAGGCCGCGGGGAUAUGUCGGACCACUUCGCCUUCGCCACCUUCUUCCCGGAGAUCCUUCAGCCCGUCGUGGGGCUGGCGGCGAACCUCGUGCACGGUCUCCUCGUGAAGGCGAGAGUCUGCCGGAAAACGGUGAAGCGGUAUGACGUGGGGGCCCCGUCGUCCAUUACCAUUAGUCUGCCCGGGACAGAUCCCCAGGAUGCUGAGCGGAGAAGGCAACUGGCCCUGAAAGCCCUAAAUGAGCGGCUGAAGCGAGUGGAGGACCAGACGGCCUGGCCCAACAUGGAGGACGAGGACGAUGAGGCCAGUACCAAGGUGGAGAGCCUCCUGCUUGCUGAGAAAAGCCUUGGGCCCUCUGAGAAAGAGGCCGCACCCGAGUCCAGUCUGAUCACCUUUGAGGAAGCCCCCCCACAGCUGUAAUGCCACGCCUCACCAACACCUUCCUUCUCCCCAGCCUGGACAGCUGUCUCAGUGGGCUACUUGAGAUCAUCUCCCUUCAGAGCGGGGACUCUUUUCCUCCUAUCUUGGCUGCACUAGGGAACCGACUGCUUCUGUUGGGUGGGGGGUGGG